CUGCAUAUAUUAAUUUAAGAUUAAGACCUUCCACCAGUUAGUUAGUUAUUGCUUCCUUUUUUUCAUCUUUGGCUGAAAGGAUCACAUUCCAGGUACGGACUUGCCGGUUUUCCCCUCUUAGAAAGGAUUACUAAUUAAAUUGCCUCUUAAAGUAAUAGACUUUGCUGAUUUAACCUUGGCAGGCAAUUGCCUGUUCUCAGUGUUGCCUGGAAAAAUGAUUUCUCUGGAUGAGAAUGCGAAUCUUUAUUCUGAUUCUGUUUUUUUUUUUUUUAACCAUCUUCAGUUUAUAGUCCAGUGUUUGUUUUCAUUCAAGAAGACGGUGAGAAUAGUGUAAGACACGACUGUCCUCUGAAGCCUAUUUCAGCUCACAGUGUAUAUUCACAGAUGAAACAAAAUGUAGGUAAUACAUUUUGUGCCACUGAUUUAUGUAUUUAUUGAACUGUCGCCCAGGCUGGAGUGCAGUGGCACGAUCCCAGUUCACUGCAGCCUCUAACCACUGGGCUCAAGCGAUCCUCCUGCCUCGGCCUCCCAAAGUCCUGGGACAGGACACGCCUGGCACAGGGGUGUGCCACCACACCCGGCCUGCCACUUAGUAUUUUGUCAGAAGGAUCAAUGCUUCGAAAAUUUGUUUUUGAAAGAAACAGACCCUUAGAGAAAUGGCUUGAAUUAGGCUUGAAUUAGUCAUUUUCCCCACUUUCAGACACUAGGAAAAGUUCUCCUUUCUUCCUUAACAGUUUGUUGAGGUUUCUCAAUACUGAAGUCACAACCAAACCACAUGGGGUUAUCGCAUGGAGUCCUGGUUGUAUCAUCCCAAGUGGCAAGAAAGAAAGAGGUCCUGCAGCCCUCCCGAAGGUGGACAAAGUCUGUGAUCCCCUCACGUUCUAACCUCACUGUUGUACGAAGGGGUGUUGACUCGUCUCCACUCCUUCCUUCUCCGGUAAAGAGGGAAAGGAGUUGGGUUGGCAAAUCGGUUACAAGAGAAAGGGAAAGGCACUGGGAGAAGGCGGAGCGGCGGCGGCCUGGAGCGCUGAUCGGGCGCCGAAACGCCGGGAGUCGGGGGCCAAGGGCGCGAGCCAGGAGGCCCCGGAGCAGCAGCCGUCCGCUCCUCACGCCGCCGCCGCCGCCCCCGCGGUUGCCUGGUCACGGGAUAACCGACUUGGGGCCUCGACCGCUGCAGAGCCGGAGGGGUGGGCAGGCGCGGGUCCGGGAGACGCGCGGAGCCGUGUCUGCUCAAUCAAGUCAAAUACUGAACAACUUCCUGGCGGAGAGGCUGAGAAUUUUAUACUUGCUUGCUCGAAAGCACCCCAAAUAAGAUGAUCCACGCCAACACCUCCCCUUUACAGGUUUUAAAAUAUUCUUAUAACUAUGACUGAAAACAAGACAGUUUCCUCUUCUUCCACUAGAGAUGAUCAAACCAAUAUAGGUUUAACAUGUCAGGAAGUAAAGGCUCUCAGAGAGAAGGCAUGGUCAAGGACAAAUGAAGGCAAUGCCACGUCUCAAAGUUUGGUUCUAUAUGGAGCCUCUAAGGAGAACAGUGAAGGUUUUCAUGAAAGUAAAAUGACAAAUACUGAAGGGGUGAAUAAAGGCAUUUACUUCAGCUACCCAUGUCGACGUCACAGCUGUGCCGUAGUAAACAUCCCAGCACCUUGUGUCAACAAAAUGAUUUCACACAUCCAAGAUGUGGAGUCCAAAAUACAGGAGCAUUUGAAAAGGUUUGAAACUUCUUUUGAAGAAUGGAGCAGAACUUCUUCCACAAAAGACCUGAAAGAAGAUUGGAGUGUAACUACACCAGUGAAAGAGGUCAAACCAGGAGAGAAGAGAGAUGAAAAGUGUCCAGAGUUAAAGCAGGAAAUGGAAACAUUGCUCUCAGAGGCCAUUCAUCUCAUUAAAAGUCUAGAAACUGACCGGGCAGACGCUGAAGAAGCUUUAAAACAACAGAGAUCAAGAAAGAAUAUGAUUAACAUGAAAAUUGACUCUUGGUCAGUCUGGAAACUUCAAGAACUCCCAUUGGCUGUGCAGAAAGAACAUGAGGCCUAUUUGAGUGAUGUUAUAGAAUUACAAUGGCGUCUUGAAGAUAAAGCUAAUCAACUACAACAUUUUGAAAAACAAAAGACAGAGUUAGAAGAAGCAAAUGCAAAGAUUCAAGCAGACAUAGACUAUAUGAAUGAACAUGGCCCUCUACUGGACUCUAAGAAGAAUCAGGAACUUCAAGAUCUGAAGAACCAUUAUAAAAAAAAAAUGGAGGUAAUGGACCUACACAGAAAAGUUAAUGAAGAACUUGAAGAAGCUUUAGAAGCCUGUGAAAAUGCCAGAUUGAAGGCUCAGCAAAUUAAAGAAGAGAUUGAUAAGGAUAUUUACCAGGAUGAAAAAACCAUAGAGGCCUACAAGAGAGAGAUAUAUCAACUUAACAGUCUAUUUGAUCAUUACUCUUCAUCAGUGAUAAAUGUUAAUACUAAUAUUGAGGAGAAGGAAGAGGAAGUGACUGAAGCAAUAAGGGAAA